AUGGCGGCCUCUGUCUCUCUCCGAGUGUGCAGCGCGCUGUCCUCUCACCAUCACUGCUGCCGGACCGAGCUGAGGACGCUGCGGCAGAGGAGACGACUGCACCAGACUGCCACCCGACAAGAAGCGGUGGUGAUUUCUGGGAAAGUUCUGGCUCGGCAGAUCCAGAGAGAGAUCCAGCGGGACGUGGAGGAGAUGGUCGCCGAGGGAAACAUGAGACCCCACUUAGGGGUGGUGCUGGUGGGAGACGACCCGGCCAGCCACACCUACGUCCGCAACAAAACCAGGGCCGCCAAUAUCCUCGGUAUUUCCAGCGACACCGUGAUCAGACCGAGCUCCGUGUGUCAAGAGGAGCUGCUGGAACUCAUCGACAAAAUGAACCGGGACUUGAGAGUCAGUGGCCUCCUGGUGCAGCUGCCUCUUCCUGAGCACAUAAACGAGCGUGCCGUGUGCAACGCCAUCGCUCCAGAGAAAGACGUGGACGGGUUCCACAUCGUGAACAUCGGGAAGUUGUGCCUGGACCAGAGAUCCAUGAUCCCAGCCACACCUGCCGCCGUGUGGGAAAUCAUCAAGAGAGCAGGAAUAGAGACGGUGGGCAGGAAUGUGCUGGUCGCCGGCCGUUCCAAGAAUGUGGGAAUGCCCAUCUCCAUGCUUCUGCACACGGACCGGGGCCACGAGCGUCCGGGCGAGUUCAUACGAAUUUUACUCAUGUGCGACGCCACCGUGACCAUCGCCCACAGAUGCACCCCCCGAGAACACCUGAAGGAGCUCGCCAACAUGGCCGACAUCAUCAUCGCGGCGGCAGGUGUCCCCGGCCUCAUCACUGCUGAUAUGGUGAAAGACGGAGCGGCUGUCAUUGACGUCGGAAUAAACCGCAUCCACGAUCCCAAAACCGGAAAAAUGAGGCUUGUAGGAGAUGUAGACUUUGAAGGAGUGAAGAGUAAAGCCGGCUUCAUCACUCCGGUCCCUGGAGGAGUGGGUCCGAUGACCGUGGCCAUGCUGAUGAGGAACACGGUGAAGGCCGCGAGGAACGCUCUCCGACACUAG